UGGCUCUUCCUUGCUGUAAUCUACAGUCUCACAAAAUUCUUUUCUUUUGUUCUUCACGUCUUCUCCAUUGAUCGAUAAAAUUCCGAAAUGGGUUCGCGAGGAGUAGCAAACAUGAUACUGUCAAGAGCAAGCAGGAUGAAAGCAAAAUUACAAUCAUCACUAGAAGCAAGUCUUUUGGAAAUCGAAGACGUAUCACACCAGCACGCAGGCCAUGCUGCCAUGAAAGGCAAUACUGCAGGGGAAACUCAUUUCAAUGUCAAGAUUGUGUCUCCCAAAUUUGACGGGCUUAAUCUAGUGAAGCGUCACCGCUUGGUUUAUGAUGCACUCUCGGAAGAGUUGCAGUCUGGGUUGCAUGCUCUCUCCAUAGUUGCCAAGACUCCACAAGAAGAAGGAGCAGCUGCAAAAAAGUGAUCCAAGUGAGGUUCAAAGAAACUGAGGUUCUGGGCUACUCUUGUUCUUGGGUUUUGUGUGUUUUUAAUUGCUGUAAGUCUUUUUGAAUGUCCUGUUGUAAUUGGGCACUUCGAUUUUUUUUUGUUUUGUCUUGUCAGAAGGAAUUGAAUGAAUUGAUUGGAGCUCUGAUUUUUGAA